UGAGCACUGCAGUCCCCACUUGUGAGCAGCAAGUUCAUCAGUUUCAGCUUAUCAGUAAUCUGGUUCUUGCGUCUUCACUGAUAAGGAAAACAGGAGGUUUUUAAAGAGAAGUGACUAUUGUAUUUAGCAGAUAUCUAUUAGAGAAAUUGGCGUUUAGAGUAGAUAAACUCGGUUGGCAGAAAGUUGGAGAAGAAAGAGCUGAAGUAUGACUUCCUAAUGCUUCUGCCAGUAUAUUCUCAUGGUACCAUGAAGCAGCAUGACGACUGAAGGCCUAUGUGACCCAAAGGAGAGGCCUUCACCAUCCUGUGUCACAGACUAGCCUUGGAUAACCUCGCCGGUUUGUUACCAACACUGGCUCUGGGCUGAAAACCUGACAAUGAGACCCUGGGUUUUGGCACUCGCCACAAUUCUGGUACAUUCCACAGCAGCUAAGUUUAGCAAAUCAUUCUGGGGCCUGGAAAAUGAGGCUUUAAUUGUGAGAUGUCCUAGGCAAGGAAGAUCUCGAUACCCUGUGGACUGGUAUUACUCAACCAACGAACGCAUCACCACCCAGAAAAGAGAUGGUGUACUUGCCUUGGGGGAGCGUCUUAAGUUUCUCCCCACCAAAGUCAACAAUUCUGGAAUUUACACUUGCAUUCUCAGAAGUAGCCCUACCUCCAAUAAGACUGGCUAUGUGAACGUCACCAUAUAUAAAAAACAACCAGAUUGCAAUAUUCCAGAUCAUCUGAUGUAUUCAACAACAUUGGGAUCAGAAAAAAAUGCCAAGAUAUACUGUCCUACAAUUGACUUGUACAAUUGGACAGCACCCAUUGAGUGGUUUAAGGAUUGUAAAGCUCUUCAAGGACCAAGGUAUCACACACACAAGACAUUUUUGCUGAUUGACAAUGCAACUAGCAAGGACAUAGGUGAUUAUACCUGCAAAUUUAUCCACAAUGAAAAUGGAAUCAAUUACAGUGUCACAGCGACCAGAUCACUCACAGUGAAGGCUGAGGAAGGCUUUUCUUUGUUUCCAGUAAUUAUAGCCCCUCCACAAAAUGAAAUAAAAGAAGUGGAAAUUGGAAAACCAGCAAACAUACCCUGCUCUGCUUGCUUUGGGAAAGGCCCUCAGAUCAUGGCCGGCAUCUUGUGGAAGGUGAAUAAAAGCAAAGUUCAGAACUUCGGAGAACCAAGAAUUCACGAGGACCAGGAGCAAAAUCAAAGUUCUAGCACUGAGUUGACUUGUAUGAGCACCGUUUUAAGAAUAGAGCCUGUGAGAGAAGAGGAUUUGUCUUUGGAGUAUGCCUGCCUGGCUCUGAAUCUGCACGGUUGGAUACGGCACACCAUAAAACUAAAGAGGAGAAGUCCAAUUGACGAUCAAAGCACCUACUACAUACUUAUAGGAUUUAGCAUCUUGUUAAUGGUAAUCAAUAUCAUGGUGAUAAUGCUAAAAGUGUUCUGGAUUGAGCUUAUUCUGCUCUGGAGAGACAUAUCUAGACCUUACAAAACUAGGAAUGAUGGAAAGAUCUACGAUGCUUAUGUUAUUUAUCCGCGGAACUAUACAAAUAGUCCUGAGAGGGCCAGUGCUGUGGAGUACUUUGUUCACCAGAUUCUGCCUGAUGUUCUUGAAAAUAAGUGUGGCUAUAACUUAUGCAUUUAUGGGAGAGAUCUGCUACCUGGAGAAGAUGCAGCCACAGCAGUGGAAGCCAAUAUACGAAAGAGUAGGCGGCACAUUUUUAUCCUGACUCCUGAAAUCACGCACAGCAGGGAGUUUGCCUAUGAGCAGGAGAUUGCCUUGCACAGUGCCCUCAUCCAGAAUGACUCCAAGGUGAUCCUUAUAGAAUUGGAGGCUCUGAGCAAGCCAUGUGGGAUGCAGUUUGGGAAGCUCCAGGAUUCCCUCAAGCACAUCGUAGAAGUGCAAGGUACCAUCAAGUGGAGAGAAGACCAUGUGGCAAACAAGCGGUCCCUGAAUUCCAAGUUCUGGAAGCACGUGAGGUACCACAUGCCUGUGCCAAGCAAACUUUCAAGGAAGGCAUCCACUUUGGCCUCCCUGGGUACCCAGGUGUAGUAGCUCUUGCUUUGAUGUGCUGGUGCACGAGAUUUCCUAGAUCUGCAUUCCUUCUGGCUGGAUUACACCCCUAGACCAGACCCUGUAGCAGAGGCAUGAGAAAUGGGCAUUUCAAGGGUGUUCAGACCUCAGGUUUCAUCUAGCAACUUUACUUCCAUUUUCCUGAUUCUGGGCAGAUGCAAAAUGCCCCGAAAUUUUUAUCCUCAAUCCCCCUCUCCUCACCCCACAUUUCCCUCCUUUUUUCCUUUUGCUGGUCUUUCUCCAUAUGACCUAGGAUCUUUUAAGUAUGAUUUUCCCCCUCUUUCGCUCUCUUUCUUGUCCUCCUGCCCCUUAUUCCUUCUACAUUUUGAACAAAUUCUACAUUUGGAACAAAUGAAAAAUGUUAGAGUGAAAUUUUCAUGUAACCUUGAAAACCCUCAGAUUCCCACAAGCAGAACAUUAGUAGUAAGCUUGUUUUCAACAUACCAGAAUUUAUUGUAUUUUAUUUGAAUCGAGGCUGAGUUUUAUCAUCUCAGUCUUGUGGAUAUCAUUGAGGUGACUUACCCAAUGACUUACCAUUACCAUCCAGUGUUUGCAGUUCUAAAGUUGCUUUGAUAUAUUUUUAUUCUCUUUAGAAAUAUGUUUUCUCAUUCUAAAAGUUACAGAAGAACAGAAAAUAUCAAAGAGGAAAAGAGUGAUUUUUGGAUCCAUAAAUCCAUCAUCCUAAAAUAAUGACUUUUAACAUUUUGGUAAAAUUGUAUUUAAAAUUUUCUUAACAUAUUAAAUGUACUAUGAAUAUAGCUGAGGUCACCAGUGUGUAGUUUUUAUAUAUAUUUUUUCUACUUAACAUCAUAAUAAAAACACUUGACAUGUCACUUAAAUUUUAACAUUUUAAAUAUUUAUAGAGUUCUAUUUUGUGGUUGUGCCACAGCUGACAUGCCUCAUUAGUUAUUGUUGUAUAUUUGAGUUGUGUUGAAUUCCAAUAACCAUCAUUAUAAGUAAUUCUACAAUGACCAUGUCAGCAUAUUAUAUAUUUCCCAAUUAUAAUUUUUUAGCUUAAAAAAUGUUCAUUUAUUUAUUUUGAGAGAGAGAGAGAGAGAGUAAAACAAAGAAUCCCAAGCAGG